AUGGAAAGAAAACCAAUAGGAGAGAAACUAAGUAAUUUAAGUGCUCUUAUCUAAAAAUAAUAACCCAAUAAAGAGUAUUAUUAUAAAAAUAUCAUAAGACAAUAGGAUGAAUAAGAUUAGAAAUGCAAGUAAAUAUUUCCAAAUAUGAAUCAACCGGAAAAUUAAGAUAAUGGAUCAUAGACAGAACAAGAUAAAUUGAAAUAAGUUUAAAAUAUCAUUUAAGAUUAAAAGCAAUUUUAAAAGUAAACAAUUGAUACAUAAAAUAGUGAUAUAUCAAAACUUCUAGAUAGACUUGGAAAAUUAUAAGAAUCAACUUCAUAAUCAUAAUCAAAGACACCAAGUGUUAAAUAGUAAUAUCCUCCUAAUUAGUAUGAUCCGACACCAAAUUAAACACCCAACAAUCGAAUUGUUUAAAGUGUUUCUGCUUUACCAAAAUAAACACCACCAUAAUAACUUCCUUAACCUGUCUAAUUGUUUCCAACAAAUAGUCCAAUAAGUGAUUAAACUUACAGAAAUUUGAAAGAAUAAAAUGUUGAUUUAUUAAGAAAUGUAGCUUAAUUAUAACCUUUAGUAUAAGUAGUAAAUGAAGUAAUUAUAACAUUAAUUUUUAGCUUAAAGUCGCUUUGUAAUAAACAAAUGAUAAAAUAAGAGAAUAAUAAAAAUAAAUCGAGUAAUUGCUUAAAGAAAAUAUGUAAUUAAAAUAGCAAGUCAUUUUAAAUGAAUAAGAGAAAAUAAACAAUAAAAGAUAAUUUGAUGAUAUAAUAGCUAAUAAUCAAUUAGCUCAUUAAAGAGAUUUAUAAGCAAUAAAAUUUUAGGCUCAAGAAAAUUUAAAUGGUUUAGAAUAAACAUGGAAAUAAUAAUAUGUUCUAUUAAAAACAGAAUCUGAUGCUGUUAUUAAUAAUCUAAAUUCUAAAUUAGCUAUUUAACAAAAAGAUAAUUAGAAAUAACAAGAUAUUAUAAAUAAUGUAGUAAAUCAAAAUAAAGAAAUCUAAAAAAGUUUAUGUAAUAUAUACUAAAUUAAAUUUAGAGGAUAGAAUUAAUGAUUUAAAUAUGUAUCAUUAAUCGCUAGAAGAAAAGAAAUUGGAAUAUGAAAAACUCUAGAACAAUUACAAUGCUUCUUUGGAAAAAUAUGAAAAUAAUACAAAAUAACUAAUAAAUUAAUAUACUUAAAAAUAAAGGCAAUAAGAAUAACUAAUUAAUGAAUUAAAAUAACAUAAUACUAUCUUAAGUUAAUAAAUGGUUGAAUUGGAUUAAACUCACAAAUAGACAAUAUAAAGUUAAUAAAUUUAAGUUUAGCAUCAUAUUAAUGGAAAACUAGAGGAAGUACAAAAAAUCAGUAUAGUAGAAAAAUAACAAUUAUAAUAAUUGUAUGAAGAUAAGAUAAAUAAAUUAAGCCAAGAUGUAUGAUAUCAUCUAUAUUUAUUUUAGAAAGAAUCUCAACUUAGUUAAUAAAAAUAAUCUAUUAUAUUUUUAGAACAAAAGAUAGCAGUUUUAGUAUAGGAGAAUAAAACUUUAGUCGAGUAAAUGAAUAAAAUAAAGAAAAAAGCAGAUAAUUUAGAAUAAGCUAUGAUAAAUUAAGAAGCAGCAUAUUAAAAUCUAACAAAAGAUUCACAAUAUAAAACAUUAUCACUUACCAAAUAAAUUUAAGAAUUAAAUUCUAUGAUUGGAAAUUCGAACUAAAAUAAUUUUUAAAAUUUUACUAGAAAAUCAGACACUUAUGAUUCAACAGAAAGAAUAUAAUAGUUAGAAUAAUAAUUAUCUUAUAAAAAGGAAGAAAUGGAUCUUCUUUUGCAUCAUUUAGAUUAAGUGUUUGAAAUAAACAGAGAUUUUGAGAAUAAAAUCAAAACAUUAUAAGCUUAACUUGAAUUAAUGGAAGAAAAAAAUAAUAGAGAAUAAGAUUAAAGUAAUAAUUUAAUAAAAUAAUAAAAAUAAUAAAUUGAUGAAUUAAAAUCUUAAUUAGAAACCAGUUAGAAGUUAGAUAGCAAGAAGGAAUCUUAGAUAAAAGAACUAUAUUAAAAAUUAAAUGAAGAAGAAUAAUUAAGAAGAAAAUAAACUGAUUAAUUAAUGAUGAGUGAAAAACAAUAAUUCUAAGAUGUAAUCAAUUUUGUAUAAUAAUAUAGUAAAUUAAAUAACUAAAAAUUAAGAAUGUGGAACUGAUAAAUUAUAAUGAAAUAUUAGAAUAAAAUUUAAAAGAAUUAUAAGAGAAAUAUGAUUAUGCUAUAAAAGAAUAAAGUGAAUAGAAAUAAGUAAAAUCUAUUUGAUUAUUUAGCGUUUUGAAGAAUAAAAAUAAAUAAUUGAAUAAUAAAUUUAAAUGUUGCAAAAGAAGAAUUUAGACACUCAAAUUACACAACCAAAUUAGUUAAAACGAGAAUAAAAAAAUGUUGAUUUAGAAAAAUUAAUUAAUGAAAAAGAUUAAUAAAUUAAGUUAUUAGAAUAAAAACUAAAAGAAAAUUAAAUAAAAACUAAGGAUUUGGAUUCCAAAUAAAAAUCAGUAGAGGAAAUUGAAAAUUAAAAUAUUUCUAUGUAAAAAUAUUAUGAAAAUAAAAUAAAAGAAUUAGAAUUAAGAAUUGGAACAUAUGAUGAUUAAAUAAAAAUCAAUAAUAAAUAGCUUUCAAUUUAUUAAUAAAAAAUAAAAAAUUUAGAAUAAUAAUUAUUAGCAUAUGAAGAUGACAUAUCAAGAUUAAAUGACAUUAAUUAAAAUUUAGAAGAAUAACUUGCUGUUUAGAAGAACAAUAAAUUUACAUCUUAACCAAAUAAUUCAGGUGAUCUUUAAUAAUUAUAAGAUGCUAAUUUGAGAUUAUAAGAAUAAUUGAAUUUAGUAAAAAAAGAGAAAAUAUAAUAGACUUCAAAAUAUGAAAGUUAAAUGUAAUAACUUCAAGAUUAAAAUAAUAAUAAUAAAGAAACGAUUAAUUAGCUCAAAAGAGAAAAUCAGUAAAUUAGUGAGAAUUUGAAUAAUAGAAUUAUUUUGCUUCAAUAAUAGCUUGAUUCCUUUUAGAAAUAAAUUAGUAGCUUAAAGCAAGAUAAAUUAGAUUUAAACAAAGAAUAUUUAAGUUUAAAUGAGUAAAAUAAGACUUUAGCAGAUUAAAUUACAAAAUUAAAAAAAGAAAAAGCCUAAAUGACAAUGAAAUUAAUGAAUUCAGGAAUGGCAAACUUAAUUGGAAGUUAAGUAUCAUCAUAUUCAGAAAAAAAUUUAUGA